UAUAAAAUGACAAAAUGUAAAAUAAAAAAAGGUCAUAUGUCAGACAAAAUAAACAAGUUGGUGCCACAUAGCUUAUAUAAACCUGACAGAGAGGGUUUUUUCUUAAGGGGUUGUAAAGACACAGGAGCCAUGUGUGGAAUUAGAUCUGCCAAACUUACUUUACGUAAACAAAUGAAAUACAUAAUUGCACAAUUAAGUGCUGAUGAGAAACAAAGACAAUCAAGAAAAGUAUUUGAAAAAUUAUGCUCUCUAAAACAAUUUCAAGAAAGUAAAAGAGUUUCUGUGUAUUUGAGCACAGAAGAUGAAAUUAAUACAAUACCAAUACUAAAACAUAUGUUUAAACUGAACAAGGAAGUAUUUGUUCCUAGAUAUAAAGGAAAACAAAUGGAAAUGGUUAAACUAUCUUCAAUGGAAGAUUAUGAAAAAUUACCAUUAACUAAAUGGUGUAUUAAACAACCAAGCAUCAAUGAAAUCAGAGAAAAUGCUUUAGAAACUGGUGGAUUGGAUUUAAUACUUUUACCAGGUGUUGCAUUUACUGUUACUGGAAAACGUUUGGGACAUGGAAUGGGUUAUUAUGACAGAUUUUUGGAAAAGUGUAUAAAGAACCAAGAAAAAAGACCACACAUGAUUGCAGUGGCAUUUAAUGAGCAGUUACGUGAAGAUAUUCCCAUAUCUGAAAGUGAUGUACUUUUGGAUCUUGUACUUACAGAGAAAAGUGCUUGACAAAAUAAUGUGUGUCCUUUUUAUUUUUGUUUUUAACUCGAAUGUACUUUUUUGAAAUAUAAAAAUAAUUAACAACUUA